UGGAAGUUUGUGGAGCAGCAGACCGCAGCGGUGCAUGCUGGGUGAUCGUGAGGCAGGGCAGCAGCAGCAGCAGCAGCAGCCGGCGGACUCCACCUUCAGCCCGGGCUUCACAGUCAGCCGUCCCGCUCCGACGACAGCCCGUGUGGAACCGAGCCAUGGACGCCAGCGGCCGGCCUCUGACGGUAUAGCCCGGAGGAUUCUUCGAUCACCGCAGAGUCAUGGAGCCAGACGUGAUCCGCAUGUACUCCUCCUCUCCGCCACCCAUGGAGGACGGCGCUGAGGAAGAGGACGAUGAGUUCGGAGAUUUCGGCACCUUCUCUGGCAUCCCAAACAGCAUCAGCUUCUCAGAGUUUGACACUCCGACCACUUUUAACCAGACGCAGGCUCUGACCGCCACCUCGCCACCGGAGCUGAUCAACAGCAGAGGGGUGGUGGGCUUCAGCUAUGGCUCCACGAACGGCGCCCGCAGCCCCAGCGAUGAGCUCUCAAAGGUGAAUGGUGUCGUGCUGGCGAGUGCCUCAGAAAGAACUGAGAUGAAAAAGGUCCUCGCCAGCUGUGUGGAUUUGACUGCGAGCGACACCGCGAACUGUAACGGUGGCGAGGUGCUCACAAACGGGUUUGAUGUUCAGGGAAGUCCUUCCUCCCAGAAUUCUGUCCACGAUCACAUAAAAGGAACGUCCCCCGAGGACACGGGCAGCGCCGGCGGCCCGGAGGACGACUUUGCAGACUUUGCUGCUUUUUCCGAUGCUGACGGACGCCUCGACCAGACGGCGAGCUCGCACUGUCCGCCGGGCGUCAGCCAUAAUGUAGAACAGGGACCGACUUCAGAGGACGAUGUCAGGGACACAAACAGAACUGAAAACGACGCGUUCGGCUCCGAGUCCCUCUGCGUCCACGCUGAGACGCCGGACCGGCGCGCUCACAUGGAUGCUGACUCUCGACAAAGGGAUGUGGCCUUGGCGGCGGAUCGCAGCGCCUCAGAGGCCGUUUGCACUGACAAACCGCUCGUCGUGAACAGGGCGGAUGUAGCUGACAGCGACGCUUCUGUAGACGACGGCGGUGAAAAGCAGCUCCUGCCCGCCACCACCGCAGACGGCGAGGCGGCGCAGUCGGAUGAGAAGAGCUCCGGGAAUGAGACGGAGACCGAAACGGAGACGUCGUUUGGCCGUCCGCUGUCCACUGACGCUCUGGAGGAGUACGGCGACGUGAGCACCACGGGCUCGGUGCCCUCGCCCCCGCUCCAGGGGGAAUCCGCCACACCCGCUGACGACAGCCAGAUGGCCGAAGACGGCGACGAAGACUUCGGGGACUUUGGAGACGCCGGCUCUUUCAGCGCUCAAGGCUUCGCAGACUUCGAUCAGUUGGAGGUUCAGCACGAUCCAGUCUGGUCACAGAGUUCUGCUCUGGCGCAGGAAGCUGCGACCGCCAAGGACAACGCAGAGGAAGAAGACGACUUUGGCGACUUCAACUCCCCCAAAUUUAACUCGGGUGGAAACGAGGGGGAGGAGGGAGAAAAGUUUGCAGACUUCCCCGUGAGCGACAGUUUUGGGAAUUUCAGCUCGGCUGGUGGCGGAGAGAGCGACACCGGGUGGAGCGCUUUCGGGGAGCAGCAGCAGCAGGAGGAGGAAGAGGGAGCUUCAUGGGCGGCGUUCAGCGCUGAAACGAGCAUCUCGCUUCCUGCAGAUAGCAGAGGAGUGGAAGAGGAGGAGCAGGAGGAGGAGUGGCAUGAGAGUAAAGCGCCUGCGGUCAGCGAAGAACCCAGCAGCACUGACAGACAGCCGGCGUCGCUGUUCAGCCGUCUGGAGAAGCUGUUCCAGGUGAGCUUCCCUCAGAGCGCCGCCCGACCGCUGGGGGACCAGGUGGUGUCCCUGAAGGCCGUCCUGGAGCCUCCUGAGGACAGACACCCCAGAGCUGAGGAGAAGGAGGAGGGGGAGGAGAAGAAAUCGACAUGCAAGAGGUCCGUGCACGGUGGCGUGUGGACGCAGCUUCAGGACAUCCACGAGGCGUUCGGCCUCAGAUACCAGUGGGGCGGCUCCCACUGCAACAAAGCACUUCUCUGCUGCCUCGGCAUCGACACCAGAAACAUCCUGUUCACAGGACAGAAGAAGCAGCCGGUCAUCGUGCCCAUGUACGCCGCCGGCCUGGGGAUGCUGGAGCCGACCAAAGAGCCCGUGAAGCCCGUCUCUGCUGCAGAGAUGAUCGCCUCGAUCGCCCAGGCGCCGCCGCUGGUACCUGAGAAAAGCUCCUGUCCUACAGACUCGGUCCAGCAGGAGGCGCUCCCACCCGUCCAGUUCGACUGGAGCAGCAGUGGCCUUACCAACCCGCUUGAUGCCAGCGGAGGCUCGUCUCUCUUAAACCUGGACUUCUUUGGUCCUGUGGAGGACUCAGGCUCCAGCAGCUCACCCUCCAUCCCAGGCGUCGACCCCGAGCUAUUCGAACUGACCACCGCCAAGCUGGACUCCGGCAGCUCCGGGAGCCGCAUGGCUGACGCCUUCGCCCGCCUGAUGUCCACCGUGGAGAAGACCAGCACCUCCACCAGGAAGCCGAGGAAAGACGAGAAUCUGAGCGAGGAGGCGGCCAAAGUGAUCGCGGCGCUGCCCGACCUGUCCUUCAUGCAGGCCAAGGUGCUGAUGUUUCCCACCACGCUGACGCCGCUCGGGUCACACGCCACGCCGGACUGAAGCCCCGGCCACGCCUCCAGACAUCACCUGCUCACUCUGCUGGCCCCGCCCAUUUUAUCAAGCGCUUGUUUUUUUUAAUUAAGUUAGCUUUUUGUUGAUUUUCAGUUAUUUCUCUGAAUAAAGUGAAGCUUUUCUGAUUAUUUGGUGGGGCGCGGCGUGGAGGACGGGCAGCGCGCGGUAAAGCUGACAGGAAGUGGGAUUUGUGCGUUCAGGCCGUGUCGGGUGUGUGUGUGUGUGUGUGUGUGUUGUUGUCGUGUGUGUAAAUAAUCAGGGAUUCAAUGUUUUUGUUUUUGGUUAUUUUUUGUUUUGUUUUUAAAUGGGCGCCAUGAUUCCUGCUGAUUUUACACGUGUGGGGGCGGAGCUUGAAGGAAGCUGAAUCAAACUGAAGUGGAAGUUUCUGUGAAUUCAUACAUUUAUAUAGUAUAUAUAAAAUCUGAAUCUAUUUAUGGACUUGAAACCACACUGCCUGCAGAAUCCCGCCGAGUGUUUCGUCCCCUCGUCUUCGUUUGUCCUUCAGUUUUAAUCUGUUUUUUUUCCUUCUCUGUGAAGCUUUUUAAAAUAAUCCUGUCCACCCUCGCUCGUCUGUUUUUGUUCUUCACGCCGGCGCGUCUGCCGUCAGACGUUCCAGCUGUUACUUUCUGUUUAAAAACGGGACGAUCGGUUUCGAGCGUCGGCGAGCUGAAGGCCGCUCGCAUUGGAGGGGAACGAAGGGACCAACGGCUGCUUCCAUCGGUCUGUUUUCUGUUGCUCAUACUACUGUCGGCCGAGCCUGGAGGAUUUUGCACAUUGUAAAGAUGAAAUGGAUGUAAUCAUAGUUCACUGUGGCUUUAGACUGUGUGCAGUUAAACUAUGGACUGUAAAUGUACGGGGAGUUCCUAUGGGACACUGAAUCAGUGGGAGAGCCUGUGGGAGGUUAUCAUGCAUGCCCAGGUUCUUUCAGACCACUGUGUAAAUUUGACUUUUAGUGUACACAACAAAUUAAACUAAUUUAAGAGAAAAGCUGCUGCCUCGCCCCCUUUGUGCUCCUCCUCUGUUUGUUUGGUGUGAAGUUGCUGUUUAAGGGUUCAGCUCGGGGUUUGGGGCAGAUUCAGAGGCACAAACGGUGUUUUAGUCAUAAAAGCAGCUGAUUUAUUCAACUUCUCAAUUCAGUUUCAUUUAUAGACGUCAAAUCACAGCAACAGUCGCCUCAAGGUGCUCAAUGCUGUAAGGUAAAGAAAAUAAUACAGAGGAAAAACCCAACAAUUAUAUGAUCCCCUGUCUGUCUCCUGAAUCCAAACUGGAAGCUGGUUCCACAGAAGAGGGGCCUGAAAACUGAAGGCUCUGCCUCCCAUUCUACUUUUAAAUACUCUAGGAACAACAAGUAAGCCUGCAGUGUGAGAGCGAAGUGCUCUAAUAGGGUGAUAUGGUACUACAAGGUCAUUAAGAUAAGAUGGGGCCUGAUUAUUUAAGACCUUGUAUGUGAGGAGCAGGAUUUUGAAUUCUGGAUUUAACAGGAAGCCAAUACAGGAGAAGUUUGAGAUUAUGAGGUGCUGCCAGCAAUGCACUCAAUGAGAGAGACCAUAACAGGGAGGGACCUGUUCAUGGAGGUAGGUGCUGUCAGCACGUCCAGUCAGCAUCAGCGCUGGAUCUUUAUUCUUCUCUCAAAGAGGAAAACUUUCACACAUGCUCAGAAGAUGCUGGUUCUGUUUGGCUCUACCUUCACACGUGAACAAACAUUCUCAGUGAUAGAGUUUAACAACACACAGAUCGUCUCUCAGUGACAGUGAAGCUGACUUUAAUGCACUUUUUCAGGAUGAGAUUUCUCUCACUGAACAAGAAAAAGAACAGAAACACUUCAGUUCAAGUUAAAAGUCUCUGAAAUUUUGCGAAUUUUAUUCUUUUGUUUUGAGAAAUGGUAAUUACAUAGUUAUAAAAUGUCACUAUCCAGCAGCACUUUAACAGAUUAAAAGAAUAUUGAGCAGAACUGAGUUCAGCUUUUUACUGUGUCUCUCCACAUCAGCCCCGUCUAAUGUGGCCCCCUGGGAACAUUAAGUUAGUCAUCCUGAUACAGACAAACAUAAUCUGAAUGAACUGAUAACUAACAAGAAAUGAACAUCUUUACAGAGUUCUUCAUUCAGACGGAAACUACACCCAAAAUCCUCAUGCUCGUCUCACCACUCAUCACCAGUGCUGGGUCGUCUAAAGAACUAAUGUAUCACACAUCAACACAGCAAUGUAUACCUGGCAAAAACUGCCUAAAUAAUAAAUUAUAAUAUAAUAGCGC